AUGGCAGACCACGGGCGAAGCGCGAUCAUUUCUGCUGGAUUGGCUGCAGCCGCUAUUGUCGGUGGCCAGCUAGCCAAAUCUUUCAUCGUCGCAUCUCGAGUCGGUGCAUUGUGUGGUGGCGCUCUUGGUGCAGUCGUCUUCAUUUUCGGUCUGACUGCCGUCAGCAAUUAUCAGAUGGCGAUAAAUGGCCCCAGUUCGCAGGUCGGGCUCACCGAGAUAUCCGUGUGUUUGAUCGCUGCUGUCCUCCAAGCGGCGUUGAUCCACCGCGUCGCGGCCACCAUCACCGUGCUCAUCUCGGUGCCGCUGCUCAUCUUCGCUUCUGAGGCUGGAUACAAACUCAACCUGCCUGACCGGCGCAACUGGCGCGUCUACGACGAUGAUGUGCUGUUCGAUCACCAGGCCUACAUCUUCGUCAAGUCGAGGAACUUGCUCUGGGAUUAUUAUUCGGCCGUCAAGUGUGUGCCCGCUACCCUCACAUCCAAGGGAUUCCUCGUCAUCUAUUCCAGUGACAACAAGGGCUACAUUGUUCAUGUCCCAUCGGCCACAAUGAUCCAAGUCCGCACCAAGCAGGAGAAAUCUGGGCGUUGGACCCAUAUCAAGUUGCGGUACCCGUUCGGAAAUGUGCACGUGUAUGCGCCGAAUGCUCUGGGGGCCCAGUGGCGCAAUCUGCUCACCGCCGCCCACGACAACCGUCUCGAACACAUCUUGGCUGCCAAGAAGGCUGCUCUCGCUCGGUCGAACCCGUUGAAGGUGAAGGUGGCUGAAGAGGUGGAGGAAAAGGAGCCGGAAAGUGAGGACGAGUCUGAGCCCGUCUCCACCGCCUACUCUUCCCUUUCCGACGUCAACAAGCCGAAAUACGAUUUUGUGGCUCGUCUCAAUAAGCCUCCGCCGAAGUGUGAAGAGAUUGGCGACGCCGUGACGGCACUCGAGAAGCAGGCUUCUGCCAUUUCGUGGACCUGCACGGAGGCGCCGGGAAAUGACGAUACGGCCCAGCCGCCCGUCAAAUGCGAUGCUGCUACUAAUGUCCCCUCUGGUCCCUUCGUCAAAGUGAUGGAAACGUUCCGUGAGACCAAGGAGCGUCUCUUCAUUCGUCGUUGGACCAAGGUUCAGCCCACCAAGUCGGCCCCGGCUGUCACUGAGACCAAGAACGAGUCGGAACCGACUCCUGCUGCUCCGCAGAACCACCUCUCCCAGAUGUCAAUCUCCUCCAACUCUGGCAUGUUCACUGACAUGACUGACACCGAACCGAGCAUCCGCCAGAAUCCCGAUCACAAUGUGGCUGAUCUGCGGGCUCAGCUCGAGCAGAAGCUCACGAUGAAGCAGCCCGAGGAGAAGCCGAAGAACCGCUUCCGUCGCGUGUUCAAGAUCGCCAGCAAGCGGGCCGUCGUCAAUCAGCUCUCGAUGCAGAGCUUGACCGACGUGAAGGACUGGUGCUAUGGGCCGGGUGCCGAUCCGAAGAUUGACGAAUCGAAGGCC